GCUAUGUAUCCCAAAGGAGAUUUGGCAUCUGUUGUUUAUUCUGGACUGAAAUUCCUUUUUCCUGAGUCUAACAUAAUAUUUCAAGUGAGUUUACUUAUGAAGAUGUGAAGCAGAAGCACAACCAACAGAGCCGUCUCCCUUCAUACAUUCUGCAUUAUGGAGAUGUGGCUGUUUCGUUUCUGUGUUGUUUUCUGCACUAUCUGCUGGAUGGCUCCUAUUGGUUUCAGUCAACUUCAACGUCCCAAAGGUAAUAGAGGACCUUCUGGGUUACCAGGUCUUCCCGGUAGAGAUGGUGUAACUGGAUAUACUGGUAAACCAGGCCCUCGAGGGGAUUCUGGAGAAAAAGGGUCGACAGGAGUUCCUGGAUUUCCUGGACCUCGAACGUUGUGUACACAAGAUGACACUGAUUCCAGUUGCCCGGACUCCGAAGCCUUAAAAGCGAGAGUUGCUAAGUUACAACUGGCUAUAAACUACGACUUUGUCCGGAGAGUUGGUCAGAAGUACUUUGUGUCCAACAAACAGAGAGACUCCUUCUCCGAAGCCGUCAAGUUCUGCUCCCAGCGAGGCUUAGAGCUGGCAUUGCCUCAGAACGAGGAGGAGAACAACAUGAUCACUCAGUUCUUUGGGGACAAUUACAAUAUUGCCUGGAUCGGUGUCAACAAUAAAAAAGGGAAUUUUGGGGCUGAUAUGAAAAACCGACCUCUGAUCUUUACCAAAUGGGGAGCAGGACAGCCAGACAGAUCUAUCCAGGACACCAGCUGCACCAUGCUGUUAGAAAACGGUGUCUGGAGUGUAACACGGGAAUCCUUCCUCAAUAAUUACAUCAUUUGUCAGAUAUAGAGUCCCAAACCCUUGUCCCACUGUAAUGUGAGGCACAACAAAUGUUUCCAUAUAAAGUACCUGAUGUAGGGGGACUUAGUCAUUUUUUAAAAGGGUAUAAAUAUGGUAUUGAGUUCACUGUGCAUGACAAGGGUAGAAAUGAUUUCUAAACCAGUUACAGAACUACGUCCCAUUACAAUCACAGUCUGCUGCUGAUGGUGCUGCCGGGGGCGUCGCUCCGAUUCUGGGCGGAUUCUGGGCCCCAUGAAAAUAUACCACAGCAAACCCUGCACAAUCAUUAUAACCACAUCUCCAUUACGCACACCCAUUCAAGUUUUGAAUACCCAUAUUGUUGUGUAACAUUCUGAAGAUUUGAGUUAAAUAAUCACUAGAUAGAAAGAAAGCAUAUUUCCUCAGUAACAUCUCAUAUAUUUAACAAACAUUCAAAAAAGUCAUGUAUGUGGGAGAUGUAGAGAAGUACUCAUACUCUUAUUAUGUUGCAAUAAAAUACAAUUAUUAACUGCUUUACACUCGAUGCAUAACUUGUCUGUAACUCACUCACAAAUGUUAUCUUUACAAUAAUUUCAAUAAAUGAAACCAUGUAAUGAAGCCA